UAUUUUAAGCAUCUGAUAAAAUUAGUAGUUUAAUAAAUAACAUUUGAUAAAUUAGUGAAAGGUUGUGAAUUAGAAGAGUUUUCAUCCUUUUAUUAUUUAGUAAAACAGAAGUUAUAAAUGAGAAGAAAGAAGUAAAUCCGCAAAAAUAAGCAAAAAUCGAACCCUAAAUUCGAAUCGUAAAUCCUCAAAAUUCAAACCCUAAAUUUGCAAAAAUCGAACUCAAAAAAAUCAAACUCCAUGCGAAAUUCAUUAAAUUCAAAUCAGAAAAAUCGAACUCAUGCAAAAUUCAUGAAAAUCAAAAAAGAAAAAAACACAAAUAUCAAAUCACAAAAAUCGCUGAAAAUUCGUGAAAAAACAAACAAAUGGUCGAAUAUAAUCAUACCUGAAUUGUGAUAUCUUACGCCAAAGUGCCAAACGAACCCAAAGUUUAGAUUGAUAUGACCGGCCACGAUUAAAACAAAUCUUAAUCGUAGGAUUAUGGAAUGGGGUGAAUUAUGGAAGUCAAACAAAUGGUCGAAUAUAAGAACUAAUGAAUUAUAUAAGAACCCAAAGUUGAGAAAUGGGGGUGAAUUAUGGAAGUCAAACAAAUGGUCGAAUAUAUUUUGCUUAGCUCCUACAAUGGGGAUGUAGCUCAGAUGGUAGAGCGCUCGCUUAGCAUGCGAGAGGUACGGGGAUCGAUACCCCGCAUCUCCAAAAUUUUAUUUUAUCAUUCUGCAGUACUUCAACAUUAUUUUCAUAUAGCCUUAUGUAUUUUGUCCAUUUUUUUUAUUUUUUUUUUAAAAAAAUAAAAUAAACGUUCUAACAACGUGGUUUGACUUCCAUAAUUCACCCCCAUUUCUCACGCCAAAGUGGUUUGACUUCCAUAAUUCACCCCCAUUUCUCACGCCAAAGUGCCAAACGAACCCAAAGUUUCAAUGCUUUAUUACUUCAUCUAAUUAAAUCAAAGUUUCAACCCUUCAUCACCUUCUUAUUUAGCACUAAACUUGUCAUCAAUUCCCCACUAAUUACACCCCUCAAAUUCCCUGGCCUGAUGGAGGAUCAGACUCGCCCACUAGCGAGUCUGAUCACCGAUCCAAAUCCGAUCCGAACCACCAAAAAAAGGGGUUGCACUUGCACCCGUUACAUAUUAUGCUCCCUAGGGACAUUAAUCCUAAUGAUCAUAACCAUCAUAGUCCUAUAUUUAACAGUUUUCAAGGUUAAGGAUCCAAUCAUGACACUCAACAAAAUAUCCCUCACCAACAACGGUAGCAACCUGGCUAUCCAGCCAGGGUCCAACAUCUCAAUGACUGCUGACGUGUCGGUCAAGAACUUGAACCGGGAUACCUUCAGGUUCAGUAACACCACCACAAGCAUUUACUACAAGGGGAUCAUGGUGGGAGAGGCUCAUGGACCACCCGGCCGGGCCCGGGGACGGCAUACCUUGAGGAUGAACAUAACUGUGGAAAUUAUUACAGAACGGAUGUUUAAGGCUUCGAGCCUAGCUCGUGAUCUAAGUUCUGGCAUGCUUAUUAUGGAUACCUACAGCAGAGUUCCUGGAAGAACAAAAGUGUUGAUUAUUGACUUUAAAAAUGUUGUUGUAGAGAUGAAUUGUACAGUUAGUUUUAAUAUUUCUAGCCUAGAAAUUCAAGGUCAAAGUUGUAAGAGGCAUGUCGAAUUGAAGUUUUAGAAAUAGUAUGACUGUUUCAAUAUGAAUGAAAAUAUGUUGAUAUAUUGUCCAAAACUUUCAGGAUAAUAAUGAUAUUUGGAAAAUGAUUUUGGCAGUAAGUAGAGCAUAUAGAACUGUAAUGUUACAAUGGUUUACAUUGUGGUCAC